AGAGAGCUGCUGCCACCUCAGCCAGGGCAGGAAGACACAGCAGGGGGAAACCCCUGUCCCCUGUCCUGCUGCCCGGGUCCCGGGGUCUCCCAGCAGACUGCGGUCACCACAGAGAGCGAGCCAGGCAGCAAAGCCAGCCCAGUGCAACAAACUUCCCCAACAAAACACCCACUGCUUAAGAGGCAGGCUCGGAUGGACUAUAGCCUUGACACCACAGCCGAGGACCCUUGGGUGAGAAUUUCGGAUUGCAUCAAGAAUUUGUUUAGCCCCAUCAUGAGCGAGAACCAUGGCCACCUGCCGCUACAGCCCAGUGUCCACUUGGGUGAAGAUGGGACACAAGGCCACCCAGAUGGGGCCCCGUCGAAGCUGGAUGCUGCCAAUGGUGUUCCCAAAGUCUACAAGCCAGCAGAUGGCGGGACCGUCAAGAAGGGUCCACCUGUAGCCCCCAAGCCAGCGUGGUUUCGCCAAAGCUUAAAAGGUCUGAGAAAUCGAGCUCCUGACCCCAAACGUCCGCCCAGCACCACCUCAUCCGCUCAGCCAGUGCCCGCCCCCAGAGACCACCCUGGACCACACCUGCGGGCUGCCUCCUCCAUCAAGCAGAGAAUCAGCUCUUUUGAAACUUUUGGCUGCUCUCAAAUUCCCGACAGAGGAAGCCAGAGGCUGAGCUUCUAUGCUUCCAUGGGGGAGACAGCAAAGCCUUCCGGAAAGCAAGAGGAAAGGUGGGGCUCAGGUCACACUGCACAAGGUGCUCAGUCUACUGUACAACAACAGCGACCAGAGAAAGAGCAACUGCCGCCAGGUCCCCCUGCAGCCUCAGAGGCCAGUAGCCUAGGAGUGUCUCUCUCCCCUCCCCCAGGACUGCAGCCCACCCAGAAGACCCUCCUCACUGACCCAGACCCCCUUGUGAGGCUGCUGUCAGCACAGACUGAGGCGUCACAAGGCCCUGUGGUCAAGAUUCCAAGUCAGCGGGCACGGAGCUUCCCCCUGACCAGGACCCAGUCCUGCGAGGUGAGGCCGCCAGAUGAAAAGACCAGUAAACUCUACUCCAUCAGCAGCCAAGUAUCAUCAGCUGUCAUGAAAUCCUUGUUAUGCCUCCCAUCAUCGGUCUCCUGUGGCCAUGUUUCCUGUUCCCCCAGGGAAGGGGCACCACCAUCCGCAUUGUCCAGUGAGGACCCAGCAGCAAACAGCUCUGCUGAAACAUCUGCUUCUGACACAGGUUUCUCACUCAACCUUUCAGAACUGAGAGAAUAUACAGAGGGUCUGACAGAGCCCAGGGACACUGAUGACCGGAGCCACGGCUCCCCUCAGCCCGGCCAAUCUGUUAUCUCUCUUCUGAGCUCAGAGGAGCUGAAGAAGCUCAUAGAGGAAGUGAAGGUUCUGGAUGAAGUCACAUUAAAGCAAUUAGACAGCAUCCAUGUUACCAUCUUGCACAAAGAGGAAGGGGCUGGCCUGGGGUUCAGCCUGGCAGGAGGAGCGGAUCUAGAAAACAAGGUGAUCACGGUCCACCGAGUGUUCCCAAAUGGGUUAGCCUCCCAGGAAGGCACUAUUCAGAAAGGCAAUGAGGUCUUGUCCAUCAAUGGGAAGUCUCUCAAAGGGGCCACGCACACCAACGCCCUGGCCAUCCUCCGCCAAGCUCGGGACCCUCGGCAAGCUGUGAUUGUCACAAGGAAGCAAGUCCCGGAGGCCACACCUGACCUGGACGCCUCCACGGACUCUGCAGCAUCAACCUCUGGAGCCAGUGAUGCUUCUGUGGAAUUGACAGCAGGGGCCGUGCUCUACACAGUGACGCUGGAGAAGACCUCUGCAGGGCUGGGCUUCAGUCUGGAAGGAGGAAAGGGCUCGCUGCAGGGAGACAAGCCUCUCACCAUUAACAGGAUUUUCAAAGGAGCAGCCUCAGAACAGACAGAGACAGUCCAGCCGGGCGAUGAGAUCCUUCAACUGGCUGGCACUGCUGUGCAGGGCCUCACGAGACUGGAAGCCUGGAACAUCAUCAAGGCUUUACCUGAUGGACCUGUCACCAUAGUCAUCAGGAGGAAAAGCCUGCAGUCCAAGGGGACCACAGUCCCUGGAGAUCCUCAGGCCGAGCACCGGUGCUAA